AUGUCACAAUCUGAGACACCACGUAUGAUACUUAAUGUACAAUAUAAUGAUGAAGAUGAUGACGAUGAUAAUAAAUCAUUUACACCUUCGAUUAUUAGUCGAUCAUCGAUAUCAACGACUCGAUCAGGUUCGAUAAGUACAGAAAUAGGACAAGAACAAAUCGAUCAUAUACGAGAUGCAUUUGCUGUAUUCGAUAAAGAAAUGACAGGUUCAAUUACAACAGAACAAUUUAGUAAGGUUCUCGAAAGUUUUGGCUAUAAUGUUCCUGAAACUGAGUUAACGACAUUUAUUUGUCAACUAGAUAUUGAUAAAUCAGGAACAAUUGAAUUUGAAGAAUAUCUCAGUUUUAUGUUAACAUUUAUCAAAAAAAAUGUUACAACAGAAGAAAAUCUUCGAGACGCUUUUAAUCUAUUCGAUCAAGAUGGUGAUGGAUUUAUUAAUACAACUGAUUUACGAGAUAUUAUGACAAAUCUAGGUGAAAAAAUUACAGAUGAAGAUAUAGAUGAAAUGAUUCGUGAAGCUGAUAUUGAUAAAGAUUUUAAAGUUAAUUUUCAUGAAUUUCAACGAAUUAUGAGUUUUAAAUGA